AGAGAAAUUAUUCCGUAGUGUCCUAAAGCCCGCCGAAUUAUUUCAAAGGAUCCCGUUCCGGUGUGGCGGUGGAAACAUUAAAGCGCCAUCGGCAAGUCGGCAAACCAGACUAUGAAGUAUAAAACCGAGAUGCCAUCUCGAGCAUGGUUCCUCACUCUUCCAAUGCCUUUCCCGUCGAUUCAACCUGUCUACAGGUCCAAUGCGCUCAGAUCGAUCUGCAUACUCAUUGGACUGGCACUGGUCUGCCGUGAGCAGAUAACACGCGUUCUAUCGGCUGGCUGUCCGCGUCCACACUUGCUGCCGGUCACAGCCGAGGCAGUGACUUCCAGUACACUUUAAUUCUGUGGAGAGGCGCUUCUGUGUCCCGUGUUGCGUUUUGCCCUGCAGUGGCUUACUGUUAUCUUUAAAUUAAGCAUACGAGCAAGGUUCACGAUGCUGAGGGCCGGACACCCCGUGGUGGGCGGAUUGUAACUGCGUUCUUGAGCUGGGAGUAAAGCGUAAAGCAGGAACAAGCGGCCAGAAUUUUGAAUCAAAGAGGGUGGAAGAUAUGGCAGCGAGCAGCGGCAGCCUCAGUUACUUCAUCUUCCAGCUGCUGCUGAUGGUCGUCUCCGGUCGGCGGGAGUUAGUUAACCCAGAGUACAAGACCUUCCGAGGGGAGAACGCCAACUGGGCGUUCAACCACCUGGCAGUGGACGAACGUACGGGCAGCGUGUACCUGGGAGCGGUGAACCGGAUCUACAAACUCUCCAGCGACUUGCAGCUCCUGGUGGUCCACCAGACGGGACCGGACGAGGAUAACCCGGACUGUUACCCGCCCCGUAUCGUGCAACCGUGCAGCGAGCCCCUGCGCCUCACCGACAACGUUAACAAGAUGCUGCUCAUCGACCAGGUGGAGCGGCGGCUGAUAGCCUGCGGGAGCUUGUACCAGGGCAUCUGCAAGGUGCUGAGACUCAACGACCUCUUCAAGCUGGGCGAGCCCUUCCACAAGAAGGAGCACUACCUCUCCGGGGUCAACGACAGCGGCUCGGUGUUUGGGGUCAUCGUGGCGGGCCAGGGGCAGGGCUCUAAGCUGUUUGUGGCCACGGCCGUGGAUGGCAAACCCGAGUAUUUCCCAACCAUCUCCAGCCGCCUGCUCGCCAGCAACCCGGAGGCCGACGAGAUGUUCUCCUAUGUCUUCCAUGACGAAUUCGUAGCCUCUCUCAUCAAGAUCCCGUCUGACACCUUCACCGUCAUCCCCGACUUUGACAUCUACUACAUCUAUGGUUUCAGCAGCUCGGCUUUCGUGUACUUCCUGACGCUGCAGCCCGAGUUGGUCCACGCCGGGCCGGGUUCCACCCGCCAGAGGGUGUACACCUCCAAGUUGGUGCGCCUCUGCCAAGCCGACACUACCUUCAACUCGUACGUGGAAAUGCCCAUUGGAUGCGUGAAGGACGGUGUGGAGUACCGACUGCUACAAGCCGCCCACCUGGCCAAGGCCGGCCCUGUGCUGGCUCGGGCACUGCGCAUUACUGCCGGGCAGGACGACGUGCUUUUCGCCGUCUUCUCCAAGGGCCAGAAGCAGCGCAGCCAACCCCCCGACGAGUCCGUGCUUUGUAUGUUCGUGCUCAACACCAUCAACGAACACAUCAAGAAGCGGCUGCAGUCCUGCUAUCGGGGAGAGGGCUUGUUGGACCUCGCCUGGCUCAAAGUUAAGGACAUCCCGUGUGUAUCCGCGCCUGUCCCAAUAGAUGACAAUUUUUGUGGCUUGGACAUUAAUGCUCCAUUAGGCGGUUCCACCCUCAUGCAGGGUAUUCCCCUCUUCUCCGAGGACCGGGACAGGAUGAGCUCGGUGAUCUCGUAUGUUUACAACAACCACUCACUGGUGUUUGUGGGCACGAAAAGCGGCAAGCUGAAAAAGAUUCGAGUGGAUGGGCCUUCCCAUGGUGCCUUGCAGUACGAGACCAUUCAAGUUGUGCAGAGUGGUGCUAUUCUGCGUGACAUGGCUCUGUCUGUGGAUCAACAAUACCUCUACAUUAUGUCAGAGAAACAGCUGACCAGAGUGCCCGUGGAGGCGUGUGGACAGUACAAGACGUGCUCUGAUUGCCUGGGCUCAGGAGAUCCUCACUGUGGCUGGUGUGUGCUCCACAACACGUGUACGAGGAAAGAUAAGUGCAAGCGCUCCACUGAACUGCGUAGAUUCACCUCCGACAUCAGUCAGUGCGUCCACCUCAGUGUGACCCCCAGUAACAUCUCCGUCUCUCAGUACAACGUUGUGCUGGUGCUGGAGGCUCAUAAUGUACCUGAGCUCUCCGCAGGAGUCAACUGCACAUUCGAGGACUUUGCAGAGAUGGAUGGCCUGGUGAUGGGGAAUAUUGUCAAGUGCAUUUCUCCAGCAGAGAGGGAGGUACCCCAAAUCCUGACAGACGAAGGAGAUCAUCAAGUGGUCCAACUCCGGCUGAAGUCCAAGGAGACAGGCAUGACUUUUGCCAGCACCAGCUUUGUCUUCUACAAUUGCAGUGUUCAUCACUCGUGCCUGUCGUGUGUGAAUAGUCCCUAUAAGUGUCACUGGUGUAAAUAUCGACACGUGUGCACGCAUGACCCGAGGACGUGCUCUUUCCAGGAAGGCCGUGUCAAUGUGUCGGAGGACUGCCCACAGCUGCUUGCUGCCGAGAAGAUCCUGGUACCCGUUAGAGUGGUGAAACCCAUCACCUUGAAAUCCAAGAACCUUCCUCAGCCUCAGUCGGGCCAGCGAGGCUACGAGUGCAUCCUGAAUAUCCAGGGAGUGGAGCAGCGGGUCCCAGCCUUACGGUUCAACAGCUCCAGUGUCCAGUGUCAGAACACUUCAUACUCAUAUGAGGGGACAGCGAUUAACAACCUUCCUGUGGACCUCUCUGUUGCCUGGAAUGGAGAUUUCAGAAUUGACAACCCAGCACAGAACCAAGUUCACCUGUACAAGUGUGGAGUUCUGCGGGAGAGCUGUGGACUGUGCCUGAAGGCUGAUCCCAAUUUCGAAUGUGGCUGGUGCAAGGACAGUGGGCAAUGUACCCUCCAACAGGACUGUCCUGACUCCGAGAACAAAUGGCUGCAGCCAUCAGGCAUGAACAGGAAAUGCACCAACCCUCGGAUCACCAAGAUUGUGCCGAUACGUGGGCCCAGGGAAGGUGGAACAAAAGUGACAAUAUAUGGGGAAAAUCUGGGCCUAAAAUUCGAAGAGAUUGAACGCUCCGUGCAUGUGGCUGAAGUUGAUUGUAUCCCACUAGAGGACGGAUACAUCCCUGCUGAACAGAUUGUGUGCGAGAUGGACGUUGCCCGUCAUGGUCAAUAUGCUGGCUUCGUGGAGGUCUGUGUGGAUGAAUGCAAGGAGCAGUUCACGGCAAAGUCAACACAGCUGUACAGCUUUGUGCUCCCAACUCUAACAGACUUGACACCCAACCAAGGUCCAGUGUCAGGGGGUACAACGGUCACCAUCAGGGGCAGGAACCUGGAUGCCGGCAGCAAUGUCUCAGUUCUGUUUGGCCAAAGGCCUUGUGUGUUUCAUAGGCGGUUUGCUUGGGCAAUUGUGUGUAACUCCACCUCUGCACCCCAAGGCCCAGGCAACAUCAGUGUAAUGGUCGGAGUUGACAAGGCGAGGAUUGAGAAGGAACUGCAGUUUGAAUACAUGGAGGAUCCCACCAUCACUAAGAUUGAACCAGACUGGAGUAUCGUCAGUGGGAGCACGCCGAUGACAGUAUGGGGGACUAACCUGGACAUCAUUCAGAAUCCUAAAAUCCGGGCCAAGCUGAAUGGAGUGGAGAUGGUCAACGACUGUGAGGUGUAUAAUGCAUCAACUAUGGUGUGUCAGGCCCCACCACUGCCUAUCAGUCAGAGCCAGCAGACAGACAACGUCGAGCGUCCUGAUGAGUUUGGAUUUAUCCUGGACAAUGUGCAGACAUUACUGAUCUACAACAACACAAACCUUAUCUACUACCCGAACCCUGUGUUUGAACCCCUGAGCACCACAGGUGUUUUGGAAUUAAAGCCUGGGUCUCCCAUCAUACUGAAGGGCCGAAACCUCAUCCCUUCGGUGGCUGCUGGUAACAUGAAGCUGAACUACACUGUCCUCAUAGGAGAGAAACCAUGCACUGUGACAGUGUCGGACACUCAGAUCCUUUGCGAGUCUCCAAAUCUCACUGGGCGGCACAGAGUACUGGUGCGGGUCGGAGGCCUGGAGCAUUCCCCCGGCACUGUGCACAUUUUCCCGGACAGCCCACUGAGCUUCCCGGCCAUCAUCAGCAUCGGAGCUGCUGGGGGGCUCCUCAUCAUCUUCAUCAUUGUGGUGCUCAUCGCCUACAAGAGGAAGUCCCGGGAGAGCGACUUGACGCUGAAGAGGCUGCAGAUGCAGAUGGAUAACUUGGAGUCACGAGUGGCUCUGGAGUGUAAGGAAGCCUUUGCCGAACUUCAGACAGAUAUCAAUGAGCUGACCAGCGACUUGGACGGCACAGGAAUUCCCUUCCUGGACUAUCGGGCUUACACCAUGCGGGUUCUCUUCCCGGGGAUAGAAGACCACCCUGUUCUCCGCGAGCUGGAGGUUCCAGGAUACAGGCAAGAGAGAGUGGAGAAAGGCUUGAUGCUGUUUGGGCAGCUGAUCAACAGUAAAGUCUUCCUGCUGACCUUCAUCCGGACGCUGGAGUCCCAGCGAAGUUUCUCCAUGAGGGACCGAGGGAACGUUGCUUCACUGAUCAUGACCGUCCUUCAGACCAAGCUCGAAUAUGCCACUGAUGUCUUAAAGCAGUUGCUUUCCGACCUCAUUGAUAAGAACCUGGAGAGUAAGAACCAUCCCAAACUUCUGCUGAGGAGAACUGAAUCUGUAGCAGAAAAGAUGUUGACCAACUGGUUUACAUUCCUCUUGUACAAAUUCCUUAAGGAAUGUGCGGGGGAGCCGUUGUACAUGCUUUUCUGUGCCAUCAAGCAGCAGAUGGAGAAGGGGCCAAUCGACUCGAUUACAGGCGAGGCACGCUACUCUCUGAGCGAGGACAAGCUCAUCAGACAGCAGAUAGAUUACAAGACAGUGGUUUUGAAUUGUGUGAAUCCAGUCAAUGAGAAUAGUCCUGAGAUUUGCACCAAGACUCUCAACUGUGACACCAUCACCCAGGUCAAGGAAAAGAUCUUAGAUGCCAUCUUCAAGAAUUUACCCUGCUCUCAUCGACCAAAAGCCGCUGAUAUGGACUUAGAAUGGCGACAGGGAAGGAUGACCCGAGUGAUCCUGCAGGACGAGGAUGUCACCACGAAGAUCGAGAAUGACUGGAAGCGGCUGAACACACUGGCACAUUAUCAGGUGACAGAUGGCUCUGUAGUUGCACUGGUUCCCAAGCAAACAACGGCGUACAAUGCUGUCAAUAAUUCCACUGUCUCUCGAACCUCAGCCAGCAAAUAUGAAACCAUGAUCCGAAACACAGGCAGCCCUGACAGCCUGCGCUCCCGCACCCCAAUGAUCACUCCUGAUCUGGAGACCGGAGUCAAGGUCUGGCAUCUGGUCAAGAACCACGAGCAUGGAGACCAGAAGGAGGGCGAUCGGGGCAGUAAGAUGGUGUCCGAGAUCUACCUGACACGACUUCUGGCGACAAAGGGUACGCUGCAGAAGUUUGUGGAUGACCUCUUCGAGACCAUCUUCAGCACGGCACAUCGAGGGAGUGCACUGCCACUUGCCAUCAAAUACAUGUUCGACUUCCUGGACGAGCAGGCGGACAAGCACCAGAUCCAUGACCCACACGUCCGCCACACCUGGAAAAGCAACUGCCUACCCUUGAGGUUUUGGGUGAACGUGAUCAAGAACCCCCAGUUUGUCUUUGACAUCCACAAGAGCAGCAUUACGGACGCCUGCCUCUCGGUCGUCGCUCAGACAUUUAUGGACUCGUGUUCGACUUCGGAGCACAGACUGGGCAAGGACUCCCCAUCCAACAAGCUGCUUUACGCCAAGGACAUCCCCAACUACAAGAGUUGGGUGGAAAGGUACUAUGCAGACAUCGGAAAAAUGCCAGCCAUCAGUGACCAGGACAUGAAUGCCUACCUAGCGGAACAGUCCCGAAUGCACAUGGCUGAGUUCAAUGCAAUAAGUGCCCUCAGUGAAAUCUAUUCCUAUGUUAGCAAAUACAGUGAGGAGAUAGUAAGUACUCUAGAAUGUGAAGAGCAGUCCAGGAGGCAGAGAUUAGCUUACAAACUCGAACAGGUAAUUGCUCUCAUGUCGAUAGAGAGUUGAGUGGCAAUCUCAAGGAACGCUGGGUAAAAGAAGCCAAGCUGUGCCUGACUAAAGAUGGUCGCCUUUCAAGUGCAAGUUACGAUUGGUUCAAGCAACGUCACCUUGAUCAUCUAUCUCUCCAUUAUCCCUGCAUUUUCAUCUUUUAUUCUCCUUCACAGUCUCACUCUCUCUCACCCACAACAUCACUGGAUAUUUCAAAAUGUGAAAGGUUCAAAGUAACAACUCACAUCAUGGUUUGUAAAAUAGAGCAGCGAACAUUCACAAAGAAAACAUUGGCAAGUGACUAAAGACCAUGAUAAUUUUCUCAGCCAUCAUCUCCAGAGGAACUUGGUAACCUUUCCUCUCGUUAAGUAAGUGAUGGGAACCAGGAAAGACGGAAGAUCCUGAUAUUUUGUGGGAAGCUGAAAGCGAUUUCCUUCGGGAUAGGUUGGUAUCGAAUUUGGCUUCAACCUGAGGCCUUUUUUAAUGAAACUAUCUCUGAUCAGUGAGACAAUAGUGUUGUUUAAUGUUCAGUUGACUUUAUGGCCAGAGAUUGUGGAUCUA